AUGAAUUUUCCCAGGGUGAUAUUUUAGUUUAUAUACCGAGAUAUUUCGUAAUGUAAAUAUUUUAUCAGUCUAUUUCGUGGAGUGUCGCCUGUUAUUCGUAGGCGCUUGUUGCCGCAGACGUUUAUGGCUGGUGCUAGAUUAGGAGACGAUAGUAAUCUCUGCCGCGUGAUGUUGACACGAAGUGUCAGUUUGUAAGGGUGGGCCCUUAGCCAUACAGUGAGGCUAUUGAAACUUUGACAACUAACCACACGACAUAUUGAAAUUGUUGAUGUUUAGAUUCGUCAUGGUAUUGAAAAGAAAUAUAUAUGUUCUAUGUUUCAGUGCGAUAAGGAAUGGAAUAGCAUUACCAGAGAUAACAGAUAUACUAUUCAUUGAUCUCAAAGUUAAGCUGUGACGACACGGAAUAUAAAUGAAGGUACCAGUGGUCCAACCGUCACUGUCACGAAACAUUACAGUUGGGUCACACUCGUUAGUUUCUCGCUGAACAUACGCUUUCAGUGUAAACUUUAAAAUGACGACGAAUUCAAGUGUCCAAGGUGUUACUUCCGGUGUGGUAAGUCCGACGGAUGAGAAUACCAUGGCGUCACCAUCUUACGGAGAGGACAUUUACAUGGAUUACUACGGAAACUACACAUACGAGUAUGAUUACCAGGAGGCUCUUAACCAUCUCCCCCUUAACGAGUUCAUACCAACAGUUGUGUUUUAUUCCUUCGUCGGACUUAUUGGUCUUGUUGGGAAUGUUCUUGUCAUCGUCGCAAUUGUUUUGUUUCCGCGCAUGCGCAGUAUCACCAACGUUUUCCUUGUGAAUCUGGCUUCCGCUGACCUCAUCUUUGUUCUCAUCUGUGUUCCUGUUAAGGGUGUGACGUUUUUCUCGUACAGUUGGCGACUGGGUGUGUUCCUUUGUAAAGCGUAUGUGUACGUCCAAAAUGUGUCCAUGAUCUGCUCUGUGAUGACGCUUACAGUUAUGAGUGUAGAACGAUUUAUGGCAAUACUGUUCCCCCUGAGAGCUCGCUACAUAUGUACCAUGCGCCAUGCCCGACUCGUCAUUCUCUGUAUCUGGCUACAGGCCCUUGUCAUGGCUGUCCCUGUCGUGUUCGGCCAGAAGCAUACGAUGGUUGGUUCGACCCGGAAAGCGUACUGGUGCCGAAUAGACUUCGCGCAGCCCUUACAUCAUCAGGCAUACGAGCUUUACAUGCUCGUCAUCAUUUUCAUCAUCCCAGUCGGCGUAAUGGCCUUUACCUACACGUGGAUAUGUGUGGAGAUUUGGUAUGUCGUGUCCAAGCGGGCGGUCAUGCGCUCCGGCAGUGAGUGCCAGUAUAAAGAAGCCCGGUCUUCCACAUGUACGUCAUACACGAUGACGUCACAGAGAUCCUCAUCUAAUGUAUACCCAACAUCCGGGGACUCGUCACGACGCUCCGGGGACACAACAAGACGUGUUCCUGCCAAAAGUACGGACGACACGCGGACACGUAAACAGGUGACGAAGGUCAUCAUCAUGCUCAUCAUUGUGGUGUUACUAUUCGCGGUGUGCUGGGGUCCGAUCCUCAUUAACAACGUCCUCGUGGCGUUCGGGGUUCUCGACGAGUUCCACACGGACUACCUAAAGCCCAUGCGCCUCGCCUUCCACCUUAUGUCAUAUGCAAACAGUUGUGUGAACCCGAUUGUUUACGGUUUUAUGUCUAGGAACUUUAGGGAGAGUUUCAGAAAGGCGUUAUCCACUUGUUGCAAAGGAAAACGGAAGUCGGUGGCAAUUCUCGAUAUGACGAGAACUUCUAUUUUGAAAUCGAGCAACGGAAGUGACGACAAAGACAAUGGCUUCACUGCGUCAGAGACAGCUUUCCGUUCACCAUCUAAAGGGUCUAUAACAAUAGAAAGCAAACAGAUGGACAGACUAGGAUAAAGGCGGUAUAACGGACGAAUGGACACACGCUGGUAGUAGACAUUUUCGACGAUACUUGAGAUUGAAUACAAGUUAAAAGCAAUAUAAUUUAGUAGGUUGAUACUUUGUGUACAGCAAUCGUCAGGUACUGGAAACUACUGUACAUAUGUGUAUAUAUGUAUACAUGGGUAAGGUAGAUGUAUCUGGGAAUUAAAAAUAGAAUUGAGUUAGUCUUAAAAAAAAAAAAAAACACUGGCAAAAAGGUGUAUCAUAUUUGUAUUUUAUUAGCAUUGGGAAGACAGUUACAUGUAAGAUUGUGGAAGUCUUCAUCAUGUCUGUGUAGAUAUGUCGUCACAUAGACUCGUUUAUAAAAAUACAACAACGUUUCAUAUGUAAUUACUACUCAUUUCAUUAUAAAUCAUGUCAGGAAAAGCACAAAUACCUCUGAUAAAAUCCCAAACUUCAAACUUCGGCUUUCAGCUAAGACAUUAAAUAAAGCACAAAAGGAAAACAAUAACUAAUAAAACGUAAACUGGUUAUUAAAUAUUGGGUCUAAAUAUGUGUCUAGCGAUUUCAUGGAGAAAAAAUGACUUGAAGAGUAAGUGAAGUGAUGGACACUCUGUUAAAUUAUGCUGAGUAAUCACUUAAAUGUGAGUCCACGAGAUGAUUGAAAGAGACAGUACAUGUAGGAUAAUUAUAUUACCGUCAUGAUAAACUCUUACUCGUGGCGUACAGGUCAGUUCCGCAGGGGUUCUGAUUCACAAAUGCGUUUGACAUUUACAAUACGUACAUGUAUGUGUGGUUUUUUAAAAAAGAAUUCCAAGUACGCUGAUCCUGUCAACUGUCUAUUAUUACCUUGAAUUUGACCUUAUUUAAUGGGGAUUUUUUUCACAAAAUUUCAGGUGUUUUUUUUAACGAGUGAUAUAAAAAAAAAAUGGAUUAUAUUGAAAAGUAAAAUGAAGAAAAAAAUUUGAAUAGAUUUUUUUUAUACAGGGAAAAAAUAAAGUAAUAACCAAGUAAACGGCAACAACCGAACAGCUUUGUUAUAUCAGUGUUCUCAGUUUAUAAAAGAGUCAAAAGAUAAAUAAAUGUGUCGUAAAUGAUUUCAUUUUUUUCCAAAAAAAUAUUGAUAGAAUUAUUCCUUUCAUCGCAAAGAAAGAAUUGUGGCUUUCAAAAAACGUAUUUCCUUAGAGAAAACUAAAUGAACACAUUUUAAUAUAUUUAAUAAGACCAUUUCUUGAUGAUCAGAAACGUAUUGAAAACUUCCAUAAGAUUGCAAAGUAUGAAUAAAAUCGGUUUUAACAGUUAAGUAAAACAGCCACUUGAGGUUAUCGAUUAUAUCAUGACACAUAUUUUCUUUAACGACAUUUUUAUUUAGUGCCGUAUAUUACGACAUAUCCUAUUAACUACAUCUAUAGUGUCGUAAAUGGGACUGUAUCUAUGAUUUUGUAUGUGAAGGGAGCGUAUCAAUUGCUAGGGUAAUAUAAUCAAAAUGAAGUUUGAUGUAAGUUUUUAUUUCUAAAAGUGUGAAGACAUAGUUGCAUGUACAUGGUACAUUUUUCCUGUAGCAGACGACCAAAUAGGUCCAUUCUCUUUAGGUGUGAGCGGUUGAUUUUCAUAGUAAGGCUUUUGCAACUAUUCAACUAAGAAACCAGGAAAACAUUAAAAUGUAACAAAGACAAGAAAAAAUAUGUGUUAAACACUUUUCUUUGUAAGAAAACUAUAUAUUGUAUAUUGUUAUAAUGACAGCGAGACAAAGGUUGCAUAUCUGUAUAGACAUUGAAAAUAAUGACAAAUAGGUUUUGUUGAAAUGUAGUUGAUUAAAAUUUGUAACAUAAAAAUGAAAAAGCAA